AUGGCCGAGGAAGCCUCUCCUGAGAAGACUACCGCAGAGGAGUCUUUUCUGUCACAGCCAAACUCCGAUGCCCAAGGCCAACUCACCGCGGCAGUCGACGAGCUGCUCGACCAACUCCAGAGCAAAUUCGACAAUGUCUCCAAAGAAAUGUUUAGCAAGUGUCCGUACCCUCCCUAUCGCUUGGCUACGGUCCUCCCUUCUCUGUACAAUACUAACCUCCUGCCAGUGGAUGACAUGACCCGCCGCCUCGACGAACUGGAGGCCUCAUUAACAGCUUCGGGCACCGACUCGGCAGCCGCGACUCCCACUCAAUAA